CCCCGCACCGGCCAGCCAGCGCCCCGCCCCCGCCGCGCCCCACCCAAUCGGCGCGCCGCGCUGGGCAUGAGCGACGCGCGCUCUCACCAAUCAAAUAUCUCCGCCUCCCAGAUAGCCCCGCCCCCUCUUCCCGCCCCGCCGGAGGCCCCGCCCCGAGGAGUAGUAAGGGCGGGGCGCGCUGUGAGGAGUGACAGGCGGCGUGACCAAUAGAAAUGAGGCACGGCGCGCAGUCCCGCCAAUAGCCGCGCGGCGGGGGCGGAGCCACGCGGGUUUUCCUCAAUGGGGGUGGGCGUGGCCUGCAGUGACCAAUGGGAGGGCGAGGCCGGGAAUUCAAACUGACAGGUGGGAGCGUGGCCGUUGGGGGCGCCGGCACCGGGAUCGAUACCGGGACAUCGGGACAUCGGGACAUCGGGACAUCGGGACAUCGGGGCAGGCAUCCCACCCGCCAUGGCCUCCAGCGGCUGCACGUUCGAGGACCGCAGCGUGGCCGUGCUGUGCUGCCGGUUCUGCCGGCAGGUGCUGAGCUCCCGCGGGAUGCGGGCGGUGCUGCUGGCCGACACCGACACCGACCUCUACUCCACCGACAUCCCGCCCUCCGGGACUGUUGAUUUCAUAGGAAGCUGCUAUUUCACCGAAAUCUGCAAGUGUAAACUGAAGAACAUCGCGUGUUUGAAGUGUGGGAACGUUGUUGGUUACCACGUGAUUUGUCCCUGCAAACCCUGCCUGUUAUCCUGCAACAACGGCCACCUCUGGAUGUUCCACAGCCAAGCAGUCAUUGGCAUCAACAGGCUCGACCCUUCUGGGGCAUGGAUGGCUUCACGGGGCCCUCAGGCAGCUGGCCAAGGGACACUCUUCUUUUUUGGGUGUGAACGUGUUGCUCUGGGGCAACUUGCCAGAUUUGGAGGAAAGCACAGAUGAAGAUCCAUCCUGUACCUCUGAGGAGGAGUACAUCAGAUAAAUGGGAUUAUCUACAGCCUCUUCCCUGGAUUUGUUGCUGUUUGGUUUGUUAUUUUGUUUGGGUUUUUUUCCUGAUGGCCCAUCAGAGCUUAAACAACAGAAAAAACCAACCAACCAAACAAACAAAACCCCACAGAAAAUCUGGAAAACCAUCCUAAAAAAGGAAAGCAUCUUCCUCCUUCACUGCAGCCUUCCUUGGACUCUUGAAUCUUCCAGCUGUGUAACUCCUGAGUAGAGAUACUCCUUGGUUAGACCUGGAAAUGCAAUCAGAAGGUGCAUUUACUGAGGUCUAGAUCUGUUUUGCUUUUUAUACUGCAGCCUCAACAUCUUCUUAACUGCAUUUUCCUUUUUCCUAAAGCACUUUUGACAGAGCAAAGUCUUUCAGCUUAAAACUCUUCAGAAAUAAUCAGUCUGGCUGAUGGGGUUCUGACAGACUUCCCAUCUUCACCUGGCAAUGCUUUCAGGAUCUUGUCUCCAGAGAGAUCGAGUUCAUAUUUUUCCCCCCCUUAAAUUCUGCAGUUUCUUGAUGUCUGAUAGAACUUCGAGGCUACACUGGGGUUUUUCUUCAGGUCAGCAAUAAAACCACAUUAUUUUUUUCCCUUUAUGGGGUAGGCAUCCCUCCAAAACACAACUCAGCCACGCAAUUGGGUCUUUUUAAGGAAAGAAAAAGAGAUCAGGUGAAAUAUUUGGUGUUCAGACCUAACUUUACAUCCCAAGGCACGAAGGCCAUCUGGUUCCUCCAAGUAAUGAAUUCAGAGCUCGUUUUCUGAGUGGUUACAACCAUAGUGUUUAACUUCUGAACUAAGUACUGUCCCCUUCAGCUACUCACCUGAAGGCUCACCAGCGGAAAAUUCAAGAUAAAAAUCACAUAAGAGAACACUUUUAAAUCUGGAUUUAUGCUGAAUAAAUCAUUCUGUAGCCUCUUGUGGUACUUGAAAGGGGUGCAAUAAGGACAGAUCUGAAUUGUCUUGGUAUUUUUACUGCAUGUUAUAUAUUUCUUAAUUAAUAGUACUACCUCUUCUGCAUUGUUGAAAUGUAUAUGGGUAUAUAUAUAUAUGUAUGUGUAUGUCUUGUUUUGAAUUCCUGUGUUAUGUCUG